AGCAUCCUUAACUCACUGAGGGAGGCCAGGGGUCGAACCCAUAUCCUCACAGAACCUAGAAGGGAUUGAACCCUUAAGUCACAAGGAAACUCCACCCUCUUCACUCUUAAUCUGCAUAUUUUAUUUCUGUUUGUACUCAUCGUACUUGUUGCUGUAAUCUUCAAAAUCUAUUUUGAGCUCUAAAGACCUGAAAAAUGUCUGAAAAUUCCAGUGACAGUGAUUCAUCUUGUGGUUGGACUGUCAUCAAUCAUGAGGGGUCUGAUAUAGAGAUGGUAAAUUCUGAGCCUGGUACAGCCAGUGACAGCUGUUUGCUCACCCCAGAAUGUUCAUCUUUAUCGCAAGAGGAGCUGCAAGUAUUGCAGUUAGAGCAGGGAGAGAGCAGCCAGAAUGGCACAGUAUUAUUGGGAGCAUCUACUUACCCGGCUUUGGAGGAAAUGACGUCAGCACUUAAGGGAGAGGAAGAAAAGUUACUUGAGGACAACCUCUAUUUUGGAACUGUCAGUGAUGAUUCUGAUAUUGUUACCCUUGAGCCACCUAAGGUAGAAGAAGUUGGAAAUCAAGAAGAAGCAAUAAUUGUUAAAGAAGAAGAGAGUCCAGAAGACUUUAAUAUGGGUUCUUCCUCUAGCAGCCAGUAUACGUUUUGUCAGCCAGAAACUGAAAGGUGGUGGGAGAAGCUGUGGAAGAUUCCUGAAUGCAUAAGGGGCUGGGAUGAUCAGCUGAAACACCAUGUUCCUAGCCAACUCGCUUUCCAAGUAUUUUCAUCUCAGCCUAGCAAUGAUGAGUCAAGUAGUGAUGAAACCAGUCAUCAGCCCAGUCCAGCCUUUAGACGACGCCGUGCUAGGAAGAAGACUGUUUCUAGUUCAGAGUCUGAAGAAAGACUACUUGCUGAACAAGAAACUGAACCCUCUAAGGAGCUGUGUAAACGUCAGUUCAGUAGUGGUCUCAAUAAAUGUGUUAUACUUGCUUUGGUGGUUGCAAUCAGCAUGGGAUUUGGACAUUUCUAUGGUAAACAUGGAGGCACAAUUCAGAUUCAGAAGCGUCAACAGUUAGUCAGAAAGGUACAUGAAGAUGAGUUGAAUGAUAUGAAAGACUAUCUUUCCCAGUGUCAACAAGAACAAGAAUCAUUUAUAGAUUAUAAGUCAUUGAAGGAAAAUCUUGCAAGGUGUUGGACCCUUACUGAAGCAGAAAAGAUGUCCUUUGAAACUCAGAAAAAGAACCUUGAUACAGAAAAUCAGCAUCUAAGAAUAUCUCUGGAGAAGGAGGAAAAAGUCUUAUCUUCAUUACAAGAAGAAUUAAGAAAACUAAGAGAACAGAUUAGGAUAUUGGAAGAUAAAGGUACAAGUGCUGAAUUAGUUACAGAAAAUCAGAAACUUAAACAGCACUUGGAAGAAGAAAAGCUGAAAACACACAGCUUCCUUAAUCAAAGGGAGACUCUGUUGGCAGAAGCAAAGAUGCUAAGGAGGGAACUGGAAAGAGAACGACUGAUAACCAUGGCUUUAAAGGUGGAACUCCAACAGUUAAGCUCAAGUCAGUCAUACGGCAGUCCAGACUCUCCCAGUGUAGUGGCUGAAAAAAAGGAAAUAGAAAUGUUACGGGAAAGACUUACUGAGCUGGAGCGCAAGCUAAACUUUGAACAGCAGCGUUCUGAUUUGUGGGAAAGACUGUAUGUUGAAGCAAAAGAUCAAAACGGAAAACAAGAAACUGAUGGAAAAAAGAAAGGGAACAGAGGAAACCACAGAGCUAAAAAUAAGUCAAAGGAAACAUUUUUGGGUUCUGUUAAGGAAACAUUUGAUGCCAUGAAGAAUUCUACCAAGGAGUUUGUGAGGCAUCAUAAAGAAAAAAUUAAACAGGCUAAAGAAGCUGUGAAAGAAAAUCUGAAAAAAUUCUCAGAUUCAGUUAAAUCCACUUUCAGGCAUUUCAAAGAUACCACCAAGAACAUCUUUGAUGAAAAAGGCAAUAAAAGAUUUGGUGCUCCAAAAGAAAAUGUAGCUAAAAAACCAGUGGUUUUUAGUGAAUAUUUACAUCCACAGUAUAAGGCACGUACACAAAACCAGAAUAGUAGAGGCCCUACUACGCAAAGAGAGGGAAGGAAAGAAAAGCCUCACUUUGAAGAAUUUGGAAAAUUUAAAAAUUCACAGAAAUGCAGUGCUGAGCAUGACUGUGGUGAAAAUUACAAUUCUUUCAGAAAGGCUUGUUCUGGUGUAUUUGAAUGUGCUCAACAGGAAUCCAUUAAUCUUUUUAAUGUUAAAAUGUUGAAUCCUGUAAGGAUAGAUGAAUUUAGACAGUUAAUUGAAAGGUAUUUAUUAGAACAACUGGAUAGUUUUCAUCACUGGAAAGAACUUGAUCACUUCAUCAAUAAGUUUUUCCUAAAUGGUGUCUUUAUACAUGAUCAGAAGCUCUUCACUGACUUUGUUAAUGAUGUUAAAGAUUAUCUUAAAGACAUGAAGGAAUAUCAAGUAGAUAAUGAUGGAGUGUUUGAGAAGUUGGAUGGAUAUAUAUAUAGACACUUCUUUGGUCACACCUUUUCCCCUCCAUAUGGACCCAGUCGACCAGAUAAAAAGCAACGUAUGGUAAAUAUUGAAAGCUCCAGGCAUCGAAAACAAGAGCAGAAGCAUCCUCAGCCACAACCUUAUAAAAGGGAAGGUAAAUGGCAUAAAUAUGGUCGCACUAAUGGAAGAUAUAUGGCAAACCUUGAAAUAGAAUUGGGGCAAUUACCUUUUGAUCCUAAAUAUUGACCAUCACAAUUAAGUUAAAUUAGAAAACUGUAACAGAAACUUGGAUGCUUUCUAUGUUUGGUGUUGAAACUAAGAUGAAAUUAUCAAAAUAAUGUCUUUUUAUCAUUUCUAUGUAUCAGUUUGAUGACUUUAUAUUAUUACUCAGAAGCAUCAAGCAAAAGCUUACUAACUUGCAUUUUCCUGUAGUUUAGCUUUGCUGAAUUUUUCUGGCACUGAAAAUGUUCAACUGUAGUUUUAUUAAGGAAGCCAAGCAUGCAACAAAUUUUGUGCAUGAAAUGAGACUUCCUUUCAGUGUAUGAGCUUAAAGCAAGCUCAAAUCAUACAUGACAAAGUGUAAUUAACACUGAUAUUUGUGUUAAAUUUACAGUAGAGCUUGAAAAAAGUACAUUGUGAUGGAAUUUCAUCUUUAACAUUUUAUAAUCUUACACUCACUUCUUGUCUUUUUGUGGGUUCAAGAGCCCGUUGACUUGUGAAGAAUUUGCUGCCUUCUUAUGAGCUUGCUGACUUGUUCUCUUGUGAAAUUUCUUAAACAUCUGAAUAUUGUGGAAGAAACAAUAAAACUACACCAUGAGGAAAA